AUGGAUGCGCACGGGGCAGGUAUUAUGCCGCGGCUCAAAGAAGAAGCAGGAUCGAAAAGUGAAAGCGCAUCUUCCGAUACUAGAAGUCCCGUGGCCGUGGGAGGGAAGGAUGAUGGGAAAGACGAAAUAGUGCUGUCCUCGGAUGGAAAUCCUCUGGAGCUCAAAAAGAAUUCCAGUAAGCGUGCUAUGGGCGAGGAGAGCAGGUCAGCAAACUCAAGUUCUUCCUUUGAGACAGCUGGCAACGUGACUCCCGAGAAGGGUACGAGAGGUCAUGAGAAGCCCGGCGAAUCUCGUGCAGCUGACGCAGCCAUAACGGACGACCUUCCGGAGAGGGACAAUCUUCUGGCAUUGAAUAAGAGUGACAGUGACCACCGGGCAGAGAUCGGAGUCUCGCUCGAGUUUGAAGUGACAGAAGAUUCGUCAGCGGAGGAUCGUUCGUCAAUCGACGCAACCCUUGGAGACGUGGGCGCGGUUGCACAAGAAGACGGGCCUCUGGAUCUUGAGAGGCUGCGCAAACGCGCACUGGAGAGUGCUAUGCGUGAGAUGCGGGCAGCUUUGGGUCCUGGGACUCCGCCUUCGUACGAGGAGACACCCGCGGGGUCGCCGCUCGUGAGUACAC